GACCAGCUUGUGUCUUUGGCGUCGUGGAAUAGUUAUUAGUGGCGUUACUGUCUGUUAUGUAGCCGCUGAAGACGUGAUCAGCUGACUGCGGCCUGAUGUGUUUUGGGGCACUCGAUCCAAACUUAAGGUCAGAUCCACUGAAGACCCUCUGAAGCCAAGCCAUCAGUACCCAGAGACAUGUCUAGUGUGAGGUGGGGAGCAAGAUCCCUUCGACGGCUUCUGACCAUCCAAAACUCUCAGACCAUAAGCAAAAAUGGUAUUUUGUGCUCACGUGUGUGGCAACAUGGAGUGAAGGCCCACACCCUGCUGGUUGUGCGUCCACUAAGUACCACCACCAACUGGCUGCAGUCAUCCUCCACGGGGCCUCCAUCAGAUGGCUCAGGUGGAGACAAUGGCAAUGGGGACAAAGAUGCUCAGAAGAACAAGAAUGAUAAGAACCAGUUGUGCUGCCCCAAGUGUGGUGAUCCCUGCAUCCAUGUGGAAACAUUUGUGUCUUCAACCAGGUUUGUAAAGUGUGAAAAGUGCCACCACUUUUUUGUUGUGCUGUCAGAAGUUGAUUCAAAGAGAAAGAAAAAAGAGAAAAGAGAGGAUGCAAAGACCUCAUUCAGCCGCAGAGCUCCUCCUCCACCCCCUAAGAAGAUUUACGAGUUCCUAGACAAGCACGUGGUGGGUCAGGAGCGUGCUAAAAAGGUCUUGAGUGUAGCAGUGUACAACCAUUACAAGCGAAUCUACCACAACAUCCCUCAAUCUAAGACAGACUCCCUUCAUCUGGAUGCAGCUUCCAUAUCUCAGGGACUCACCAACAGGGGUAGGGACUUGCUCCACAUUGCUGGUAUUAGUCAGAGUCAUGCACUGGGAGUCAACACCAGUGACCAGCAGCAGCAGCAAGACUCGCACCAACAAAUGGAUGAUCAGCAGCAGGGACACGGGAAGCAGGGGCUCGCCGGCAACUCACAUGGAUCAGACAUACUUGAUGCCACCACCCAUCUCCUAAGGUUGGAGAAGAGCAAUAUUCUCCUCCUUGGUCCCACUGGUUCAGGAAAAACUCUGUUGGCUCAGACAAUAGCACAGUGUUUGGAUGUUCCCUUUGCUAUCUGUGACUGCACUACCCUCACCCAGGCAGGCUAUGUGGGUGAGGAUAUUGAAUCAGUCAUUGCCAAGCUAUUACAAGAUGCCAACUACAAAGUGGAGAAGGCACAGUGUGGCAUUGUCUUCUUGGAUGAGGUUGACAAAAUUGGGGCAGUGCCAGGAAUCCAUCAGCUUCGAGAUGUUGGGGGAGAAGGAGUGCAGCAGGGCAUGCUGAAGAUGUUGGAAGGAACUGUGGUUAAUGUACCAGAACGCAACUCUCCGCGGAAACUUCGUGGUGAGACUGUACAGGUGGACACCACUAAUAUCCUCUUUGUGGGUUCCGGUGCUUUCAAUGGACUUGACCGAAUAAUCUCCAGAAGAAACAAUGAGAAGUACCUGGGCUUCGGCAUUGGAGGCCAGUCAGCUGGGCGGCGAGCAGCAUCACAAGCAGAUGUAGCCCACCAGACAGCAAGCACAGAUGCAGAGGAAGACAACCAGGAGAAGGAUGCACUGUUGGCCAAAGUAGAAGCCCGGGACCUGAUAGAAUUUGGCAUGAUUCCAGAAUUUGUUGGUCGAUUUCCUGUGCUGGUGCCUUUCCACUCCCUGACUGGAGCCAUGCUGGUGAGAAUUCUCACAGAACCCAAGAAUGCCCUCAUCCCACAGUUCCAGAUGCUUUUUGGUAUGGACAAAGUGGAGUUAUCCUUCACUCCUGAGGCAAUGGAUGCCAUCUCCCACCACGCUAUGGAGAGGAAGACCGGAGCAAGAGGUUUACGCUCCAUCAUGGAGAAUUUGCUCUUGGAUGCAAUGUUUGAGAUCCCUGGCUCAGACAUUGUCAGUGUUCACAUCACAGCCGAGGCGGUGAGAGGAGAGGCUCCCCCUAUUUUCGUCCAUGGCCAGCCAGUUCCACCCGAGGAGGAUCAGGAGGAGGAGCAAGUUCUGGCACAGGCUAAAUGAAUCUAGCUUGACAUAGGUCUUUAAUGGUAGGUGCUGGUUAUAAGGUUAUUCCUUAGUGACUUGGUGUGUCUGAGACUAUAGUGUGGUGGUCUGACUGGGUUGAUAGUGGUCUUGGAGAUAAGAGGCAAAGCUAGUCAAUUGAUCAAGACUACUUUCUUUUAUAUGCUUGAGUUAAUUCAGGUGGGUCUGGUGCAAUAUUUUUAUUUUCCCCUAAAUAUAAUCUUUUGACUGCUAUAAAGUGAAAUUAGUCACAAAAGAAAACAUUAAAAACAUUUUCUUAGUUGUUUGUAACUUUCUUGAACAAUCAAGAAAUUAAGUAGAGGGGUCAAUUUUUUGUGCUGUUCCUUCGUGCCUGCCUGUGUAACGAUUUCCACGAGGGUGUUGCUCUAUGUGCCCGUAAUUUUUACUUUGUUUCUGAAUUUUAAAGUGGCUAAAAACAAUUGGUAUUCAGGUCAGUGCUCAGAAUUUGCAUAUUGCCAUGCAUGUUACAUUUUUUUUUGUACCUGUUGUAAUUCAUCUCUGACAUAGUACAAACUUUUCCGUGCACAUUGCACACUCAGUUACCCCUUACAAAGGUGAUUAAAAUAAUAUCACCUCUUUAGUAAGUAGGCAGUGUCAGAGGUGUCAGGGAUAUAUUUUACUUGUCUUGGGAUAUCACAAUACUCUCCUGGUCACCAGUAAUAUUCAGUUUUGCUCUGAAUCUUCUCAUGCUUCAUUCACUUCUAAUAUCCAUUUGCCUUUAUUAUCAUACUUAUCCUCCAAUUCUCUAUCUUCCACAAAAUAUUACUCUGCCCCUUCUGAGUUGUAUUGUCCUCAUCCAGUGGAGUAUUUUUGAUUGCCAGUACAGGUCAGUUUGGAUUAGGUUAGGAAACCAGAUAACUGCAAACAUGUGGGUAUUACACCACACAAGGGAAUGGCUCUAUUUGAGCAUAAUUACUCAUUAUAGUAGUGUAGGGAUGCACAUUAGCACCUGCAUUUUUCAGCCUAAUCUCUUACAAGUCUUGGCUGGCACAGAGAAUAUGAUAGGCAAUACUGAGAGUACUCCAUUGUCUUUCAAAACUGGGUAGCUUGUGUGCACAGAUGAGCAAAGGUCUUGAUGCAGACCAUGUAGUAAGUUUACAAAGUGAUGUCAUGAAAACAUCACAAGGUCAUGUAAGCAGAAAUACUCUUUGUCUCUUGCUCAUCAUCAUUCCUAACUAUCGCCAGCCUUCUCUACCCACUUUUUUCUUGCUUAUUUUCAUAUUAUUUUCAGAAGUGAUUGCCAACAGUUUUUUCUGCAAUUUUUAACCCCUCAGUCUGCAAACAAAAACCUGGCAAGUCUGCCGCAAAACAACCAUUUUAACUUAUUAAUCAAUAGGAACAUAUUUGUUGACAUUUAGCUCCUUGCAUGGCAUUGAAAGCAGUUUUUUUUUCUUCUCUUUACAAAGAAAAAUUCCAUAUAUAUUUUUUAAGGUUAAUGGUAUGUUUGCUUUUCUCCACAUCAGACCAUAGAGACAGUGUUGUGAACAGACCACCCUACAAGUUUGAUACAGGCACAAAAAAGUUUGUAACCAGUUAUGUAUAGAAGGCUGAACCUCAUCUUAUUACUAGACCUUUGAAAAUAACUACCACUUAAGAUGUACAUGGUGAGAGGCACAUUAUAUUUGUUGCUUCAACACUUCUAGAAAUGUAUUUCAUUAAAUGGAGUACUCAUGUUUCUGGUCUAUUUUAAAUGGCUGUUCUAGAGCCAAGGAUGUUACAUGUACAUAGACUGCACAUACUCCAAAUCAUGAACACUCCUUUUAGCUGGUGUCAUUUUGGACUUAAAACAUAAAGAAAACUGAGUAUGGUGCCAUUUUUAUUAUAGGUCUUGAAAAAAAGAAUCAUUGUUAAUUUGAAUUUUGUAUUCAAUAAAGUUGCUUAAUUUC